AUGCCGGACAUCAAGCAAAUCAAAGUGACAGAGCCCUGGCUCAAGACUUCGUGCGGCCUAGGUGAAGCUCCAUUCUGGGACAAGAAGAGCAACACGUUGCGCUUUCUCGACAUCAUCAAAAAGCAGCUUCAUGUUGUGAAUCUCAACGAGGGUCCUUCGUCGCACAAGACGAUUGACCUCCCAUUCUCUAUCGGUUGCACGGCCAACAUUGAAGGCAAUGAUGACGAGUUCAUCUUCGGCGGCAAGGAGGGGUAUGGCAUUGCAAACAAGAAAACCGGAGAGCCAAGAUACAUCAAGAAGUUCUGGUCGGACGAGGAGGUGCAGAGUGGCAGGGCACACCGCUCGCGAAGCAACGAUGGCUCGGUCGAUAGCCAUGGCAGAUUCUACGUUGGAACCAUGAAUGACCCUACCGUUGUGGAUGAGCCUGGACCGGAAGGCGUCUUAUUCAGACUGGACCCAGACCUCAGCCUUCACCGAAUGAAGGAGCCUGUCACCAUCCCUAAUGGAAUGUCAUGGACUUUGGACAACAAGACAAUGUACAUCACUGACUCACCGACUGGAAAGAUCGAGGCUUACGACUACAACCUGGAGUCUGGUGAGAUCAACCUCGCAGCUGCCCGUCCCUUCUUUGAAUGCCCCAUUGAGGGCGGAAUUCCAGAUGGCCAUUGUCAGGAUACCCAGGGCUAUUUCUGGGUUGCACUGUUUGGAACCGGCAAGGUCGUGCGGGUGAGCCCGACGGGCGAGAUCUCUGUUGAGAUCACCCUUCCAACAAGAUGUGUCACCUGCCCAGGCAUUUGCGGGGAGGAUCUCUACAUCACGAGUGCGGAAGAAGAAGAUCCAGACAAGUACCCCGAGAGCGCAAAACUCCAAGGAGCCACGUUCAAGGUUCCGAUCGGUGUUACAGCUGCUCCGAUCAACGAGUUCAAGAUGUCGGCCAAGGUGUGA